CCUGGUGUGCAGAGCCACUGCCCCUCCCCCCGCGCAGCCCCCCCACUCCCGGCACACACACACACCCCCCCCCUUCUGUGCGCACUCGCUGCGCCAAGAGCAGCCAGCGGCCGCCUCUCCGCCUCCCUGCACCCGCACCGUGGGGAGAAUUGCAAAGAUGCAAGGAGUCAGCUGGUCAAUUCAAAGUAAAGGCAGGAUGGGCAGAAAUGAAAAAUGCCUUAUUAUCGGUGGAUGCCUUAUUAUCGGGGAGGUCUUAUUAUCGGGGGGAUGCCUUAUAUUACAACGAGAGGCAAAACUACCAGACGCCAUAGCACUGGGAUCAUGGAACCCGCUCAGAUCACCGCGGCAAUUAUGAACACUAUGAACACCACGCGCAUUGUUCUGGAGUAUAUGCAGAGCCAGGACAUGCCAAAGCAAAACCAGGACCAGCCGAGGAGGCGAUUGCAGCGCGGCGACAAGAGUGAUGAGGAAAUUGACAUGGACAUAGACCUCUCACAAGGCACAGGCCCCAGCAAUGUGCAAAUCAUGGUGUUACUGGGGCAGGUUCAUGCCGUGGAACGCCGAUUCUGGGCCCGAGAAACAAGCACAGACUGGUGGGACCGCAUCGUGCUGCAGGUGUGGGAUGAUUCCCAGUGGCUGCGAAACUUUCGCAUGCGUAAGGGCACUUUCAGGGAACUUUGUGACUUGCUUUCCCCUGCCCUGAAUCGCCAGAAUACCAGGAUUAGAGCAGCCCUCACAGUUGAGAAGCGAGUGGCGAUAGCCCUGUGGAAGCUUGCAACGCCAGACAGCUACCGGUCAGUCGGGAAUCAAUUUGGAGUGGGCAAAUCUACUGUGGGGGCUGCUGUGAUCCAAGUUGCCAGGGCAAUCAAAGACUUGGUGAUAUCAAGGGUAGUGACUCUGGGAAACGUGCAGGCCAUAGUGGAUGGCUUUGCUGCAAUGGGAUUCCCAAACUGUGGUGGGGCGAUAGACGGAACCCAUAUCCCUAUCUUGGCACCGGAGCACCAAGCCACCGACUACAUAAACCGCAAGGGGUACUUUUCAAUGCUGCUGCAAGCCCUGGUGGAUCACAAGGGACGUUUCACCAACAUCAACGUGGGAUGGCCGGGAAAGGUACAUGAUGCUUGCGUCUUCAGGCAUUCUGGUCUGUUUCGAAAGCUGGAGGAAGGGACUUUCUUCCCAGACCAGAAAAUAACCGUUGGGGAUGUUGAAAUGUCUAUCGUGAUCCUUGGGGACCCAGCCUACCCCUUAAUGCCAUGGCUCAUGAAGCCGUAUACAGGCAGCCUGGACAGUAGUCAGGACCUGUUCAACUACAGGCUGAGCAAGUGCCGAAUGGUGGUGGAAUGUGCAUUUGGACGUUUAAAAGCACGCUGGCGCAGCUACUGACUCGCUCAGACCUCAGCGAAAAGAAUAUCCCCAUUGUUAUUGCUGCUUGCUGUGCGCUCCACAAUAUCUGUGAGAGUAAGGGGGAGACAUUUAUGGCGGGGUGGGAGGUUGAGGCAAAUCUCCUGGUCGCUGAUUACGCGCAGCCAGACACCAGGGCGGUUAGAAGAGCACAGCAGGGCACGGUGCGCAUCAGAGAAGCUUUGAAAACGAGUUUUGUGACUGGCCAGGCUACGGUGUGAAACUUCUGUUUGUUUCUCCUUGAUGAACCCUCCGCCCCCCACCCGGUUCACUCUACUUCCCUGUAAACCAACCACCCCA